CAAAUGGGAUUAUCCUGGUGAUGAGCGAGAUUGACGGAGAUAAUAACACAGCUCCGCCCUGGACUCCUCUUUUGGACCAAUUCCCCCCUCUCUCUUCCGCCUUUCCCCGAUCAAUUUCAUGGAAAUACGUUAAUUUAACCUUGUUUUUAAUCUGUUAUAUAUAUAAGUGAAAAAGUGAAUGAAAAACCCGCAAUCGCUGCUCUCAUUAGCAAUCGACACUGCUGUUUUCAACCUCCCACACUUCUCUGACCUCUCUCCUCUCCCCGAUCACAUUCUCCUCGAUCUUUUCGCGAGAACACUGAAAGCUGGGAAGCUGAAUGAGAAAGUUCUGAAGCUCUUCAUAGCAACUGGAAAAGAGGAAGUCCUAUCAGUUAUCCGGGCACUUAAUAUCCAACAUGUCCUCACACCUGUCCUUCCUACCAGUGAGAUGUCUGUACUUAACAUCAGAGAUAGCGAUAUUGACAUUGUAAUAGGAGCACUCCGCUCAGAUCUCACAUCGUUCAUGAAUGCAUGGAGGGAAAUAUUUUCUCAGUUCCACUUGAUAAUUGUCAAAGACCCCGAUCUUAAUCAGGAACUCAAUAUACCCGAAGGUUUUAACCUUGAUGUCUAUACCAAGUCUCAUAUAGAAAAUGCAAUGGGCGCUUCUACAUCCGCUCUCUUCUCUGGAUACUCUUGCAGGUAUUUUGGCUUCAUCGUAUCUAAGAAAAAGUACAUUAUCUCAAUUGAUGACGACUGUGUCCCGGCCAAGGAUGACAAGGGUUUCCUGAUAGAUGCUGUGUCCCAGCAUAUUAGCAAUUUGAGCAAUCCAGCUACUCCUUUCUUCUUCAAUACUCUCUACGAUCCUUACCGCGAGGGAGCAGAUUUUGUUCGUGGAUACCCAUUUAGUCUUCGAAGCGGGGUUAAAUGUGGUCUAUCAUGUGGACUGUGGCUUAACUUGGCUGAUUUUGAUGCCCCUACUCAAGCACUGAAGCCAGCACAGAGGAAUACUCAAUAUGUUGAUGCAGUAAUGACUGUUCCAACAGGAGCUCUGAUGCCUAUCAGUGGCAUUAAUAUUGCGUUCGACCGUGAGACAGUGGGCCCUUGUUUGUUACCAGCUUUGAAGUUAGCCGGUGAAGGAAAAUUCAGGUGGGAAACAAUGGAAGAUAUCUGGAGUGGAAUGUGUGUCAAGGUUGUGUGUGAUCACCUUGGGCUCGGAGUGAAGACCGGUAUGCCGUACGUGUGGAGAGAAGAUAGAGGUAAUGCCAUAGAAAGCUUGAAGAAAGAAUGGGAAGGGGUGAAGCUGAUGGAGGAAGUUGUCCCGUUCUUUCAGUCCGUAAGGCUGCCGCAAACAGCAGUCACAGCCGUAGAUUGUGUAGCAGAGCUCGCGACAUCGGUAAAGCAAAAGUUGGGUCCGAUAGAUUCCGUGUUUAAUCGUGCGGGGGAUGCUAUGUUGGAGUGGGUGAAGCUGUGGAGGGCAUUUGGAUCUGGUUCUUCUCCAUUGUAGGAGGUAGUUCGGUUAUGCUGCUUCUCAAAUGAUUCCAUUUGCUUGGACUUUCUUCCAUUCAAAAGUUUCUUAUUGAUCAUUAACCUAUAGAAGCUUAAGUUAUGGGGGCAAUAAUAAUUGUUUUGAGUGUUUUAUUUGAUACAUUAAUUUUGGGGAUGCUUAAACUUGAACUUGUGAUGGUGACUAUUUCUUUUGUUUGACAAAAGCAUUGGAUAUAAUUGAUUAGUGCUAGUGGAUGUGGAAUGCAUAAGAUAAGAGCAUUUUAUUUA